GCCCGUUUGCAGACAAGUGGUACUUUGUAGUUUGAGUAAAAGUUUUAAAACGAAUUGAUCUGCAGCCAUUAGUGAUUAUAUUUGUAUUCCUUUGGAAUAUCUGAAGACCUUAGGAAGGCUAAUCUGAGAGGGUUAUUGUUAUAUAAGCUUUAAACGUUGGGCAGGGCCGGUAGUUCCGCUUCAGUAAAACUCCAGCACAGUUAUAAAAGUUUUAUUAUCGACUUUAUUUACAUUAUUCACGUUUUAUAAACAUCUGCUGCGUCCUGUCUGUGUUCACAUAUAAGCUCAGAAUCCAGGAAGGCGGAGAACACGGAGGAUUUAAAACAGCAAAUUCAUUUGAAGUUUGAAGCCAAACCCAAAUCUGUUAAUGCGCCGCACAGCGAGUCAGAACUUGAGCAGAAGAAUGUUCCUCACCACCUCACACCUCCUCCUGAAGGUUAAUCAUCACACAGAAGAAUGAAGGACGUAGGGAAGGAGCGCAGGAAGUGAGGCGGGUGGAGAAGUUAAAUAACAGGUUGCUGUGUGAAUCCCCGUGACUCCACGUGUGUGUGUGUGUGUGUGUGUGUGUGUGUGUGUGUGUGUGUGUGAUGUGUGAUAACGGAGAGUUGGAUGAUAAGCCUCCCGCCCCCCCAGUCAGGAUGAGCAGCAGUAAAGACGGCCUCCCAAAACCGCUGCCCUCCGUCCCCGAGGAGAAGAAGCCGCGCAAGGGGAUCAUCUCCAUAUUCUCCGCUGAGAAAGGAGGUAAGAAGAAGGACAAGGAUAAGGAGCGGCCGGAGAUCUCGCACCCGUCCGAUUUCGAGCACACCAUCCACGUCGGCUUCGACGCCGUCACCGGAGAGUUCACCGGAAUGCCCGAGCAGUGGGCGCGGCUCCUCCAGACCUCCAACAUCUCCAAGUCGGAGCAGAAGCAGAACCCUCAGGCGGUCCUGGACGUCCUCAAGUUCUACGACUCCACGGGGAACGGCAAGCAGAAGUACCUCAGCUUCACAGAUAAAGACAUUCCUCCAGGGAAGAAGGGAUUAGAACCCAUACCCGCUGGGGUGAAAGACUCAGAUAUGGAUGAUGAUGAUGAUGAAGCUCCUCCUCCUGUGGUGGCUCCUCGACCCGAUCACACCAAAUCGAUCCUGACCCGCCCGUCCAUGAUCGACCCCAUUCCUCCUCCGGACAAGUCUGCAGAUAAACAGAAGAAAGGAAAAGGGAAGAUGAGCGACGAGGAGAUCAUGGAGAAACUCAGAACCAUCGUCAGUAUCGGGGACCCUAAGAAGAAGUACACGCGCUAUGAGAAGAUCGGACAGGGCGCAUCAGGUACCGUGUACACCGCCAUCGACGUGGCUACAGGACAGGAGGUGGCCAUUAAGCAGAUCAACCUGCAGAAACAGCCGAAGAAGGAGCUGAUCAUCAACGAGAUCCUGGUCAUGAAGGAACUGAAGAACCCAAACAUCGUCAACUUCCUCGACAGUUUCCUGGUGGGUGAGGAGCUCUUCGUGGUGAUGGAGUAUUUAGCCGGCGGCUCUCUGACGGACGUGGUUACAGAGACGUGUAUGGAUGAAGCUCAGAUCGCUGCCGUCUGCAGAGAGUGUUUGCAGGCGCUGGAGUUCCUCCAUGCUAAUCAGGUGAUCCACCGCGACAUCAAGAGCGACAACGUGCUGCUCGGCAUGGACGGAUCCGUCAAGCUCACGGAUUUCGGCUUCUGCGCUCAGAUCACCCCCGAGCAGAGUAAGCGCAGCACCAUGGUGGGAACUCCGUACUGGAUGGCUCCGGAGGUGGUGACCCGCAAGGCGUACGGUCCUAAAGUGGACAUCUGGUCUCUGGGUAUCAUGGCUAUAGAGAUGGUGGAGGGAGAACCGCCGUACCUCAACGAGAACCCUCUACGGGCGCUGUACCUCAUCGCCACCAACGGCACUCCGGAGCUGCAGAACCCCGAGAAGCUGUCGCCCACCUUCAGAGAUUUCCUCAACCGCUGUCUGGAGAUGGACGUGGAGAAGAGAGGAGGCGGCAAAGAGCUGCUGCAGCAUCCGUUCCUGAAGCUGGCCAAACCUCUGUCCAGUCUCACUCCCCUCAUCCUCGCCGCCAAGGAGGCCAUGAAGAGCAGCCGCUAAC